AUGUCGUUCAUUUUACCAAGACUAAACCCUCCAAAAUUCAGUGACAACCAACAUGAGGCACAUAAAGUUGCGAUGGGCGGUCCUUAUCCUUCUGUGUGUGAAGAUCAGAUACAAAAGGUUUUGAAACCGUGCCCUGGAGAAACUAGAAGGAUUCUAGAUCUAGAUCACCAUGCAACCCUUUUGGACUCUAUCAAAUGCCUAAAGCCUGGAGGAAUGAUUAUUUUCAUCGACCCUUUACAUAACAUGAAAGAGGAUCGAAAUGCUCUUUACGAUCCGGCAUCGUCUACAAACCUUGGGGCGCGAGUGAUAGGUAAUGACAUCAAGGGAGGAGAAAUGGACAUCGCACAAGGCUUUUGGGAUCUGGAGGAGUGUGAUCCAAAUACAUGCGGGGCCGUUGAGAUGGCUUGUCCU